AUGGCGGAAGUUGCGAUGAGACAAGGGGAGAGUACGGGUAUAACCGGCACUAUCACUAGUCAAGGACAAUUUCAGACACCAGACAAGCCUCCUAGAGUACGUCCGGCAACAGAGACCAACGCGGCCAAAGCAGCAUUAGCCAGGGCAGAGCCCUCAGCGUCCUCUGCAUCGACGUCGAGAUCAUGGAAGAGAAGCUCUUUUCCCGGUCUGCAGGAUCAGCCGACACUUACGCAGAUUGACUUUGUCACGCCGAAGUCCCAGGAUACAGGGUCUGAUGGUGAUGACGAUGAUCUCGACUACAUCGACAGCAAAUCCCGCAGCAGGGGACGGGCAGAUCCUGAGGUGAUUGAGAUUGAUGAUGACUCCGAAAAUGACGCCGAUUAUCAACCGCCAUCACAUUUGAAGCCGAAGCUGGCUGACAUUCGUGGUGUCAAGUUCGAACGAGGUGCAAAGAAUGCCGCCCCCAAGCCGAAAAAGAGGAGCUCCCAAGGUGGCGGCGACAUGAAACAGAAGCGCAGAAAAGCCGGCGAGGGCAGCAAUAUCAGCAAAAAAGACAAGGACAAGGCGAAAGGACAUAAGACCCUCACUCAAAUGGACUACGUGCGGCGUUAUCUGAAGAUCGAACCAGACGAUGACGUGAAGCUGGACUAUACUUACAUUACUCCUAAGAAGAACGAUGGACAGGAUAUCCAGCAGACGCACUCUCGAAAUCCUGAGAGUUACCAACAACAGGAUGACCGUCAGUCCAGAUUAAACGGGCGCAAGGCACAGGAAAUCAAGGAUGAAGCAGGUGCGACGGUAAUAGCGGAAGCUACGAAUAACCGGGGAGUGUCCGAAGCUCCAGUGACGCCAAAGAAACGCUUUAAACGCGAGAUACCUUCGUCACAAUCUCCCGAGAGCCCUGGUAUUGCAAUCAUUACAUCUUCUCAGUUCCGUGGCGCUACUCAUUCUCCACAAAAGCAUGUGGCUGCCGGCACUGCCGAUCGACGUAUCAAGGAAGAAUCACCUGCGUUGCAUCAUAUUAAAGAAGAACCUUUCCAAGAUUCAGAGCCGAUGCUGUUGUUUCCUAACGAUAUACUGCCGGAAUCCGGAUUUCUAGAAUCGCGGGUUUCCCAUCGACAUGGUACAGCCCAUCAAACAUCGGUCGAUCAAGCAGANACGCCGACGAAACCAGCUCGUCUGAAUAGCAGUCCUAGGCUUCGAGAUUCCAAAGGAGGAGCGGUGAACUCACAGAGANCAGUAAUUUACGAGACAGAUGCAGAGAGCGACUAUGGCGACCUUGAAAACGAUUUACCCGACGCUCCUGCUUCUCCCAAAAGCCCAGAGCCCGUCGAAGGGGACCCCGAUGCAACUGAUGACCUUGAUUUUGAUCGCUCGAAAGACGGUUCGCAAGACCAAGACCUUCCGCCCAUGAUACCAUCCGAACUAGACCUUGAAGCAGAGCCGCCGCUUCCGGAACCAAACCCAACCUCCGAAGCAUCGAUAUAUUACCAAAGACUGCAGCCAGCUACCCAAUUUCCCCUUGGUACAAUCCCGACGUUAAGCUCCCAGAAGUUGGCUGAGCUGUUUCCAGAAGAGCCAAAUGACCAGCAAGCACUCCGGACCAUGUCACCCCUACCGUCAUCUCCUAGAACGGACAGUCGUGCAAUGUCCAAACCUUGCAUACCAGCAUUUAGCCAGACUCAGGGACAAAGUUCCGACAAGGCCCCAAUGGAGAUGGUCCCGGAAUCUUCACCUAUCACACGCCAAGGAAACGGCACCCGAGCGAAGGAGUUCAUUCCCCCUGAGCCCCUUGCGCGAAGGGACGUGGUACAAGUGGAGUCUUCACAGCCAGCAGACCGACACCACAAGAAGAAUAAGGAGGAAAAUUCCGGUCCUCGUGGAAUCCUGAGCCGGAGCCAGAUCCUUACAUCGAGUGUGAUGGAAAGCGUGCCCCUUCCGGCCUUCUUGAUGGAUAGCCAAGAUAGCGUUGGAGAGCCCUACAGUUUACCAGACUCGUAG